CAAGAUCUUGGGUUAGGCUGAAAAGGAGAGAGCCUAGUUUCAGACGGCAAAACCAGGCAAGACUCAAGCAGAAGGAUGCUGAAGGCUGUAAAACAAGUCUUCUUUUCCACUGGGCUGGAGAUGCCCAAAUGGACAGCAUUGCCAAACCAGGCUUCUGAUUAUGAAAUUCGUCAGUACGAAGCAGCCAAAUGGGUUUGCACAUCUGUUAAAACAGUGGAGUGGGAUGCAGCUGUCAAUACUGGUUUCACAAAACUCUUUAACUAUAUUAAGGGCAAGAAUGAAAGAGGAAUGAAGAUAGAUAUGACUGCCCCAGUGACAUGCUAUGUUGAGCCUGGUGCUGGCCCAUUCUGUGAGUCCAUCACAACUGUUUCUUUUUACUUGCCAUCUAAAUACCAGGCAAAUCCGCCAAGGCCUUUAGAGGCAGAUGUCUUCAUUGAAAGCAGGCCAGCAAUUACUGUGUUUGUCAGAUACUUUGGAGGAUUUGCCAAUACGAAAAAGAACCAAGAGGAAAUACUGGCCCUUGUUGAAAGUUUGAAGCGGGAUGGGAAAAAUUUUCAAGAAAAGGUUUACUAUACUGCUGGCUAUGACAGUCCGUUUAAAUUGCUGAAUCGACAUAAUGAAGUUUGGCUUAUCAGGAGAAGUUAAAACUCAAGUACUGCAGUCUUAAUGUUUUAGCAUUUAGAUUUUAACAAAGUGUAACUUAUAAAAUAACAGGUUAAGGCCCUAUUUUUGUAUUUUCCCCUACGUUUUUUGCUUCUCCACCUAUAUAUAUUCUGUGUCUUAAAAUCUUUAAGUGCCAUUGGAAUGGAUAAAGAGAUUGUACAACUUUCCAUCCGCUAAAGUGAGCAUCAGAAUGAAAGUGCAAGAUAUGCUUAGUGGAAAUGAUUUUCUCUUUUUAGAGGAAAACUUGUGUUCAUAUAGACUUUCAGCUGUACUGAAAUAAGUACAUGGACACUGAAAGUUCCAAAUUGUCAUUAUGAUUCUUAAACAUCUUAAGGCGGGAGUACAAAACCACUUAUAUCUAAGGCUUAGCAAUCUCAGAUAUGGCCCAUGGCACCUAACGACACUUCAUAAAGUCAUUGAAUAAAGUUCAAGGAUAGGAAGCAUAUAUAUAUCAUGGGCAAUCAGGGCUCAAGUCAUUUAUGGAUGCCAUUAUGUAUCACUGUGCUGCGAAUGUAAUAUCUUUUAAGCCUAUACAUUGUAAUAAUGUGCCAAAAGCUUCAGCAUCUAGCUGAGGUAAAUUAUUUGGGGUGGAAUUGCUUUGUGGACAAGGCUUGAGUAUGGGAUUUGGCUACCUAACCCACUGCAAUCAGCUCCUCUGUCUGAAAGAGCGCUUCUCAUGACUGAUCAAUAGGCCAUCACAAUGGCGCAUCGGGCAAUUCAACCAGUCAAAGGACUGGGUUGUAGGAAGCAGACUGACAGGCGUAUUUGAUGACAAAAAGAACCAUUGAUGCCAUGAUCACGAAGGCCUCACCAAUAUUACGUGAAAAGUUCCAUCUUUUAAAAAGAUUUCUACCAUCCACCUAUUACAAUCUUUUGAAAAGAAGCCAAUUGAAACCCUAAAGGAUCAAGCACACGUAUAAUGCUGCAUAUAUAAUGAGACAUGGUCAUCAGUCCUAGCACUUCAACUAGAAAGUUUGAAAUUUAUCACUUGGUUGAUUAAAAGAUGGGUUAAAGAAGAAGAAAUGGCUGACACUGAAAACUAUU